UAUGACACCUCUAGUGAGCUCGAACCGGUGCUGCAGAUGGGCGGCAUAGGCAGGAAUUUCUAUCUCAAUAUGUUGAAUGGAACAGACGCGCAAAGUUUCGCCAAAGACGCAGAAUUAAGCAGCCACCUGCACAGACACCGCGACUUAUCGGACUUCAAAAUGGGCAUCCAAGACACGAGGUUUUACUACCAGGACUCGAUUCCAAACGGCCAGGAAAGUCUGACGUUGCCGUUUCACGCUGAGCACCACCAAAGUGCCGGAGCACAGACGGGGAGGUUUUACGCACCGGCUCCGCUCGGCAGCUGUCACUUCACCAGCCGGAGCGGGACGGGACAUACUUACGUUCCAGCCGGAGCCGAUGCGUAUUCUUCGGCCAACGGGAAAGACGUGUACCCGAGCAGCGCAGACGGCUACACGGCGUCUUUUCAGCACGGGUUCCCGCGAGCACCCAUGUACUCUUUACCUGGUCUACAGGUGUCCGGGAAGACACAAGUGCUCCUCAACAACUACCCGCUGUGGGCAAAGUUUCACAAGUAUCAAACAGAGAUGAUUAUAACGAAACAAGGACGGAGGAUGUUUCCUUUCCUCAGCUUUAACAUCACCUCUCUGGAUCCCUCGGCUCAUUAUAACAUAUACGUGGAUGUGGUUCUGGCCGACCAGCAUCACUGGAGGUACCAGGGAGGAAAAUGGGUCCAAUGCGGCAAAGCGGAAGGCAACAUGCCAGGAAACCGAAUGUAUAUGCACCCAGACUCUCCCAACACUGGCACUCACUGGAUGAGACAGGAAGUUUCCUUUGGCAAACUGAAGCUUACAAAUAACAAAGGCAGCUCCAACAACGUAGCACAGAUGAUCGUGUUGCAGUCGCUCCAUAAAUACCAACCACGUCUUCACAUCGUGGAGGUGAAGGAGGAUGGAACAGAGGAUCCUUUCCUGACCUCUAAAACGCAGACGUUUGUCUUCCCUGAGACUCAAUUCAUUGCCGUCACGGCCUACCAGAAUGCAGACAUCACUCAGCUGAAAAUAGAUCAUAACCCUUUUGCUAAAGGUUUCCGGGACAAUUAUGACACGCUGUACGCACCUCCUGACCCGGACCGCCUCACACCUUCCCCAACCGAGAGCCAGCAGCUUCUUUCAGGCAGCUGUUACCCUCACCAACCAUACCUCUCUGAUCAAUACAUGAGCCCCCUUCCUCAAAGUCGCUUCUACAGCCGAGAGCCAGUCAGCAUGACCCAACCUUGCCCCAAAGACCCCACUUCAAGUCCUCACAGCCGCUGGUACCUGUCCAGCCAACAAGCGGUGCCACCAAACCGCCUUGACUUCAGCGCUUACGAGACCGAAUACACUUCCAACAGCCUCUACAAGCCCUUCCCACUUCAGUCAUCCCCUCAUCACCCUUUGAGCUACUACUCCGAGAAUCCCUUCACCUCCGGGGCGGUUUCCAGUGCAAAUCCAGGAGCAUGGACAGCCUCAGGACGGCCCUCGCCCCAAUACCUCAACCACCCACACCACAGCAAACCCACAUCCAGUCUCAGCUGGUUCCGAGCAGUCCCAUCCCCCGCUGCAUCUUCCUCUCCCACAGCCACAAACUCACGCUUUCACGCCUCGCCGUCGCUCCUAGAGCCACAACGUCAGCCACUUCUCCAGGACAAGUCCAAAGAGUCCACGGAGGACACCUGGAUUGAAGCGCCCUCGGUUAAAUCGGUGGACUCUGCCGACUCUGGUUUGUUUGAGGGAGGUGAGAGCAAGAAGAGGCGUGUGUCACCUUACACGUCCAGCACAGAAAAUUCCCCACCCAACCGCAGUGCUGAAACUUGCGAAAAGGACAAUUGCAGUGACGCGGGCUACUAUGGCUUCUACACCCACUGAGUCUGCGCUCCUGCUCGUCUUCCACCCACCGUCUGUCUACACGACCCGAGACCCAGGGAUCAAGCUCUCUGUGAUAGUAGCCACAGCGUCAGGCGGCCCCUCUCUGUGUUUUGUGUUCCCCGUGUUAGAUGUUUGGGGGUCAUGUGGAGGUGUUCUGAAGGUCACGGUCACACAAAAGAUGAAGACGAUGUGACUGCAAUGAGACACUGGCCUGGAGACACGCAGACAGACAGACCUGUGUGACUUUAGCAGAUGAAGACUUCACAGCACACCUGCUGACACUCCCCCAAAGGAACUGUCUCUGUCCUCCUCAUCAGCCACAGACAUAAAAAAAAAACACCCACCCGCCACUAACAUGCUCCAACAAACAAUCACCUGUAUUUGCCACAUUCUUAGUGCUCCUUAAAAAAAAAA